UACCCAAGUACCUACUUACCUACUUACCUACCUACCUACCUACCUACCUACCUACCUACCUAUCUGGAAAUCAAGGUUGUGCAGUUCAAAAAGGGCAAGGUUGGCGGCCUUUGCUUUGCCAUUCACAUGCAUUCUCUCUUUAUGAUUCAAAACACUAGGAUUUAGACAACCGAUAGUUUCCAAUCCGUCCUAUUAAGGCUACAGCUACUUCAACUUCACACCUAUUCUUGCUUUUCGAAUUAGAUCUUUGGAAUUCCCUCAUAAUCCAAUCAAUCAUAUACCAGAUCUCCUAACCACUCAUCAUUCUAGCCUUUUAUAAUAACAUGAUGUGAUUAUUGAUUUUUCAAUCCGCGAUCACACACUUAGAAGUAAGAGACAGUACUAAAAUUGGGUGGUUUACUUUAAGCGAUAACCUUAACAAGGCUUGACAUAAAGUCAUCUCCAAAUCCUUAUUCAGUUCCUCUUCCUGUUCACAAACAACCAACAACUCUACAAACAAACUUAGUAGAACACCUUAACUUAUCCAAAACAGCAACAACUCUUCAAAUUGCAUCAACGCAAAGGAGACUUCAUCUUUCAGAAUGUCUGAAGGUACUACCACAAGCAUUAUUCUCGUCAGCAAUGACAAUGCCUCUAUCACAGUUGGUAAGUUACCCCGCCUGUCUGCAAAGUGCGAUGGCUGCAGACCAGGUUGAAUGCGCCCAUACUGACCUUAACAAUAGAUCGUGCUGUCGCGGAGCGGUCCAUGUUGAUCAAGAACAUGUUGGAGGAUCUCGGAGAUGGUGUCCUUUCCACUCCAGUUCCUAUCCCUAACGUAAGUCUACAUUCUGACAUCAUUUCUCAUUUAAUCUUAUCAGUAUCAAUCUAACGGCUUUCUUUCUUUAUAGGUCAACGAGGCCGUUCUCCGCAAGGUUAUUGAGUGGGCUGAGCACCACAAGCACGAUCCAGCUCCAAAUGUCGAUGACGAUGCCGAUAGUCGCAAGAAGACUACUGAUAUUGAGGAGUGGGAUCAAAAGUUCAUGCAAGUGGACCAAGAAAUGUUGUUCGAAAUCAUCCUUGUAAGUUAUAUACACUUCAAAUAUGAAAUUAUUUGGUCAUUCUAACGAUUCACCAAUAGGCCGCCAACUAUCUCGAUAUCAAGGCUCUUCUCGAUGUUGGAUGUAAGACGGUCGCAAAUAUGAUCAAGGGAAAGUCACCAGAGGAGAUCCGAAAGACCUUCAACAUCACCAAUGACUUCACUCCUGAGGAGGAGGAGCAAAUCCGCCGUGAGAACGAGUGGGCUGAGGAUCGCUAAAUCACUCAUCGGGCACAAACCAAAUCAUUACACCAUCACGAUUUUGGGGUUUUGUUCAUAACUUUACUAGUGGUGGAUACCGCAGGAGUUCUUUGAUUGUUCCCGGCUACCAACGAAAAAUCGGAAGUCCAGGUCUACAAUUUCAAGGCGUGCAGGGGUCUCCAUUUUAUUUUUUCCUUUGGAGGGUGUGCAGUAUGCACAUAGGGGCGUUUAUGGGAGAUACUGAAGUUUGUUGACUGUUGAUUUGUCUGUGAAGGAUAAUAAGAUAGUCAACGGUAAAAAAUGCAG